GUGUCAGCAGCAACUCAUCAGUUGCAACAACAACAGUUGCCACAACACCAGCAACAACAGCAACCGCAAACUCACAUGCAGUUACCAUCUCCACAAUUCAUCCAACUGCAUCAACAACAGCAACUUCUUGCAACACCUGCCAUACAACAACAGCUGAGAAACAUGGCCAAUAGUAGCAACCAGAGUAACUUGGUUCCCUUGCAGUCUGCCAACACAAUGUUACUCGGUGCAAAUUACAACAUCAUUCAAGCUAGUAAUUUAUCAGGAUCCUCUGUGCUGCAAGACAAGUUCCUAGUGCCGCAAACCACGCAUUCUGUUCAGACCAUCAUGAUCCCUCCAUUGGCUGCUGGCGCAAGCAAGCCUUCUUCAAUCAUUUCUGGCAACCUGGCAAGCAUUUCUAUUGCUGCUGCUGCUGCUUCUGCUCUUGCUGCUACUACAAGUACCACCAUAACCACUUUUCCAUCGCCGUCAUCGUCUUUGCCAUCAUCACUCUCGUCACCUUCUUUAACUCUUAACCAGAAUACGUACUCUUUGCAACAACAACAGCAACAGACAGUAAACAAUACACUUAACAACAACAGCACCAACAACCUUAAUAUUAGUAACAAGACAGCGUCGCUAUACUAUGCACUGGACUCGACUAGCAACCAACACGGGUAUACGUUUAUAGCUGCUAAUGCUGAGUUCAACCUUCUGCAGCCGACGUCAUCAUGUGUGUCUAGCAACGUCAGCAGCAAUAGCAGCAACUACAACAACUACAACAACAACAGCAUCAAUGAUAGCAGAGUGAACAACGAAACUAAUGUUAGUACUAAUGCCAGUAGCAGUACACCGAGCAAGCAACAAAAUCAAUCGCCCCGACCUCCGAUACUAAGGAAGAGGACUCACGAGCCAGAGGCUUCUUUUGACGUUGGCCAAUCAUUUGACAUCACGCCAACCAAUGACGGCACUCAGAAAUUGGGCCACGGAACCUCAUUGGAUAGAAACAAGGUCAAAUCUAGUAAAGUGAACGUUGUGUCAGUUGGCAACAAGGGCACAAAAGUCGGAGAUUCGUAUAAUGACAGAAACAGGUUGCAAGACGAGGGAUUAAAAGUGAACCCAAGAAAAAAACCUCGUAAACAAACAUUCUCUCAUAAACAACAGCAGCAGCAACAGCAUCAGCCACCUAAUUUCCUAACUGAAGAGUUACAAUGCCAGGAGACCAUGGCCCUGGAGGGUUUGUCAUCGGAGGGAGAAAAUGAUGACGGUGACGUCGCUGAUUGUAAUGAACUCCCUUCUACGAUGAUGACGUCAAAAAAUCAUCAUCAACCUUCUCAUCAUCACCAACAACAUCAACAGCAACAGAACUAUCAUCAUCAGCUGCAGCAGCAGCAACAACAUCAUUACCAUGAUAGCACUCACUUGGAUAACAAUGAUGACUCUAUAAAGGAAAACUCUGGAGACCGUUGUAACGAGAUGAUGAUAGCUGAUUAUAUCAACAACGCGAAUGCUGGUCGUCGAAGAGAUAUGGCGAUGGAGGCAAUUGUCGAUGCAGAAGGUUACAGAUGGACGAAAGACAAAAUUAGGUCAAAGGUGAGUCUAUCAAAUCAGUACCAGUGUACCUGGAAGCCAAGGAACAACCAUUUCAUCUCGUACAACGACAUCAAAAUUAAAGACGAUAGGAAGCCGUCGCUGAAUGAUGUGGCCAACCAGCGCGGCGUCAUGCACAAGAUCUGUGGCUACAAACUGCAUCUCGUGUCUGGGCACUUUGACGAAUUGAAGAAAGACGAAGAGAGUGUAUUGAGUCUUCUGGAUGAGUUAAAAUGUCUCUUAACGCCAGAAAGCAGCAACAACAUUUCUGACACUGUGAAUAACAACGCCACAACCACCACCAACAACAACAACAGCAGCCAAUUAAAUACAAACUUUGAAGGCAGGGUUGAAGAUUGGAGAUCUGUCGAUGAUCUUAUACUGGCCAAUGAGCAGAGAUGUAGAAAGUGCAUGGAACACUGUGACGAGUUGCAGUUCAUGAUGCUGAAGACCCUAAAUGGCAAAGCGAAAGCCGCUGAACUCAUCUACAAAAAUCAAAGCAGGAGAGCGGUCAAGAAGAAAGAUAGAAGUUGACGAUGAUGACACUAGAUAUCAUUGGGCUUCAGUGAUGAUGUUAAAUUCUACGAUGAUGAUGAUUGUAGAUAUAUCGAUUGUAUAUAUAUAUAUAUACAUGUAAAUAGAUGUGAAGACGUGUGUUUAUGUAUAUAUCUUCUUCAUGAAUGUGACUAAACUGAUGAUAUGAUAAUAAUGUUAUUUCUUUAAUAAUAAUAGUUUGUUUUUAAUAAUUGUAUUAAUUAUUACUCCGUGUCUAGCGACGAAUGAUGAUAUAAUUUCACGACACUACUUUUCUUAAAACACUCAAAGCAUACGAUUUGUAAUUAGCAAUACUAGAAUUAUCGAUGCAAUGACGUUUGUCGCUCGAUUUUGUUACUGUUGAUUGGCGUGCUAAAAAAUAGCGAUCUUCUCUGAGGCAGACAGUUUUAUUUAAUUCUUAAAUAAUAAUAUAAGUUAUAUAUCUUGAAGAUUUCAACAAAAAUUGAAAUAAUGUUUAAAAUAUCUCAAGAGCACGUUUUACUGAACAUUUCAUGUCAUUAAAAAAUGUUCGGUUUACAAAAUUGCAGUUCAGUCGGAUGCUAUACACAAUGUUACUUUCGUACUGACGUUAUUGAUUCACAUUACGCUUAAUUCACUAUUGGUGACAAUUAAUAUUAUUAAUUGCCAAUUGUUAUUUUACCACAAACCUUGUAUUAUACCGCAAAUAUUGUACCGCGCACAUACACACAUAUAUAUAUAUAAUGUACAAAUACACAAGUUGUUGUACAUGCUUUUUUUUAUUUUGUACAAUUUUACCAUUGAUGGAUAAUAAUGUUUUCCGCUCU